AUGGAGUGCAGCACCUAUGAGCUGGACACGCUGGACGUCCCCCCCCUCACCCCGACCAGUAAGGAGGUCCUCAGCCAGGCGGUGAAGGCCACCUUCGCUGGCUUCACCCAGGAGAGAAUCACCCGUCACUUUCCACAGGAUCCUACCCUGUGGUCAGAGUGGGAGGUCAACCACUGGCUGGACUGGUGCCAGGCCGAGUUCGGACUCCACUGUCUGGCCUCGGACCUCAGAGGCCUGCAGGGCAGUGAGCUGUGUGGUCUGGACCGAGAUGCUUUCCUGGACUUGACGUCCGACUGCACUGCGGGGGAGAUCCUGUGGGAGCAUCUGGAGACCAUGAGGAGAGAGAACGAAUAUGACUGUACUUCUUCAUUACCCAUCUGCACAGUACCAUCUUACUGCCAGCUUCAAUUCAACAGAGAAGACGAUCAGGAGCAUUCAGACAAACACAGUUACCAUAUCCAGUAUGAGGCCACUGGGAGGACGGAGCUGCACACACUGGACCCUGUGGCUGCACAACAUCAAGAUUACUAUCUGUAUAAAGCCGACGACCCCAGCAGGAGCAUGGCCUCUCCUGCUUUGUGUGACGACGCAGGAGGAAAUGAGGAGACAGACUCAGAGGUGGAGAUUGCUCACAGUGACGAUUCUGACAUUGUGGACGCUCUGUCAUGGACCGCUCCGCUCCACGACAUCGACUCGGUCAUGGACGAGACCAUGUCUGAAAAUGUCUUUACUUCACCGCAGCCACACAGGAGCUUCAAGGACUAUGUCGGCAACAAAACAGACCUGGGCAGAGCUGUGAUACCGGCAGCCAUCCUCGCUGGUUACACUGGAAGUGGUCCCAUUCAGCUGUGGCAGUUUCUCCUGGAGCUUCUGACAGACCGCAGCUGUCAGUCGUGUAUCAGCUGGACCGGAGACGGGUGGGAGUUCAAGCUGACGGACCCUGAUGAGGUAGCGCUGCUGUGGGGCCGCAGAAAGAACAAACCCAAGAUGAACUACGAGAAGUUGAGCCGCGGUCUGCGCUACUACUACGACAAAAACAUCAUACGCAAGACGGCCGGCAAGCGCUACGUCUACCGCUUUGUCUGCAACCUGCAAGGCCUCCUGGGAUACGAGCCUGAAGAGUUGCAUGCUAUGCUGGACAUAGUCAGCAAGAGUCACUGAGGAUUCAACUAACACUGGGAGGAUGAGGCAAAGAGAAACUUUUGAAAAAUUGGAUCCUUCUAUUUCCAUCUUUUACCACUUGUUCGUGAGAGCAGGCCGACUGAGGUCUGUCCGGUGACACACCCGGCGUGUGGGUUCGUGUACACGCGGGAGGAGGCUCAUAUCAGUUACGAGCUUUGACAUGUAGCACUUUAUCUUGUCGUCACUGUCAAACAAUAAAAGUCACAGCACAA